AUGCCGCCCAAGUUUGUGCCUCGCGAUCGCAAAAAGGGCAGAAUUGCGAAAGCCAAAGCAAAGAACUCGCACUCCCACGACGAACCCCAAGAUGCAAACGCCGCCGAAAUCGUCCCUCCCACGCCUUCGGAGAAGGAAGCUCGUCGCGCUGCACUGCAAGCCGAGUUGCGUGCGCAGAACAGCACUUCAGUUAUUUCUGGCAAGAAAAAGAAGAGAUUGGACAAAUACAUCGAUACCAAGCUGAAGAAAGAGGAGAAUUUGGCCCUGAUCAAGAAACUCGCCGCGCAAAAGGUCGACACAAGUUUAUUGCUAAGCUCAAAGAAGCUGGGAAGAGGUGGAGAGUCUGCCAGAGAGAGGUUAGAAAGGGCGCUGAGAGAGAAGGAGCAAGGAAUCAACGUUGAAGCCAACGAUGCUGUCCUGUUUGAGCAAAGAAAGAGGCCGGCACUCGAGUUGGAGAGCGAAUCUGAGGACGAGCAGACAGCGACACCACAAGCAAACACUUCGAAACCUACUUCUACGAAAGCUUCAGCAUCUACACCUGCACCCGCAACCGCACCAGCGUCUGCGCCAGCGCCAGGCAAGGGUGGGCUCUUCGCUGCUGGUCAGGGUUUGUUCGGCAGUGGCCUUAAGAGACCGCUCGAGACAGACGAGGAGGGAAAGCCAAUCAUCAAGAGCAGAAAACGCACAAAGGUCAUCAAGUCUGCCCCUGUAGUCGCUCAGGAGCCUGAAUGGGAAGGCUUCUCUGGAGACGAGGACGGCGAGGAUGACGAUGAUGGAAGUCAGGAUUCGGAAGAAGAGAUCGAAGAUGGGGAUGAAGACCCAGAAGAAGACGACGAUGAAGAGGAAGGCUCCGACGAGGACGAUGACGAUGAAGAAGACUCAGACGAAGACUCGGAAGAAGAGUCGGACUCUGACGAUGAUAUGGAAGAUGAAGAGGACGUCAAGGAAGCACAAAAGGCCCGCUCAUCUGCCUUCAAGAUGUGGGCCACCGAACAACGAAAUCAGGCCAUAGGUUUCGUCCCCUCAACCAACCUUGAAACCGUAAAUUCGACGACCGUCAAACAACCAAUAAACUUCGUUCCUCGCGCUCCUUCACCAGAAAUCCUCCCUCCCGAACUCGCAGUAACCGCCACUACAGAGUCAGACAACCGCCCUGCCGUCAGUCUAGUCAUUCCUCGUACUCCCGAGAUUCAAGAGGCGAGGUUGAAACUGCCGGUUGUGCAAGAAGAGCAGAAAAUCAUGGAAGCUAUCCACAACAACAACGUUCUUGUUGUCUGGGGUGCUACUGGUUCCGGUAAAACGACACAGGUCCCUCAAAUGAUGUUCGAAAGCGGUUACGGCAGCAAGAUCGGACAGGCAGACGGAGAUGGCAAGGCCAAGGGCAUGAUUGGUGUUACUCAGCCUCGUCGUGUCGCUGCUGUCAGUGUGUCUGAGCGUGUCGGCACUGAGUUGUGUGACAUGAAGAACCGCGUUGGUUAUCAGAUUCGUUUCGACACAACCGUUUCAAACGACACUGCCAUCAAAUUCAUGACCGAUGGUAUUCUGCUGAGAGAGAUCGCCAACGACUUCAUCUUGUCCAGAUACUCUGCCAUUGUCAUUGAUGAAGCUCACGAACGCUCCGUCAACACCGACAUCUUGAUCGGUAUGAUGAGCAGAAUCGUGGAUCUUCGUGCUCAGAUGGCAAAGGAGGAGCCUGAAAAAUACUACCCUCUGAAGCUCGUCAUCAUGAGUGCCACUCUCCGCAUCACUGAUUUCACCGAAAACACUCGCCUCUUCAGAAAUGGUCCUCCCCCGAUCGUCAAGGCAGAAGGCAGACAAUUCCCAGUCACCGAUCACUUUGCACGCAGAACAACACACGACUACGUUGAUGACAUGUUCCACAAGGUCAGCAGAGGUCACAAGAAGCUUCCACCUGGUGGUAUGCUUUGUUUCCUUACUGGUCAGCAAGAGAUCAUCCAGCUCGCCAAGAAGUUGCGCCAGGCUUUCCCUGCCGAUACUGGCAGCCAAGUCAAGCAACCUAGAGUUCAUGUAUCUGCUGCAGAUGCUCCACUUGAGAUUGAUGAUAUGGAUGCGGAGGCUCAACCUGCACCGAGAAGGGACAAUGACGACGAUGACGAUGAUGACUCGGACAUCGACAUCAAGGGUUUGGAUGAUGAAGAAGAUGACAAGGAGUUCGUGAUCGAAGGGGAGGAGCAACCCGUGGAAGCGCUCAGGGUCCACGUGCUACCUCUGUACUCGCAACUUCCUACUAAGCAACAACUCAAGGUCUUUGAAGAACCGCUGGCAGGUUCGAGAUUGAUCGUUCUUGCCACCAACGUCGCCGAAACAUCUCUCACCAUUCCUGGAAUUCGCUACGUUUUUGAUUGCGGUCGCUCAAAGGAAAAGAAUUAUGAAGCUUCGACUGGUGUUCAGACCUUCGAGAUUGACUUUAUCAGCAAGGCCAGCGCUGCACAAAGAGCUGGUCGUGCUGGUCGUACGGGACCAGGUCACUGUUACCGUCUCUACUCAUCCGCCGUCUAUGAGCGCGACUUUGAAGAGUACGCUAUCCCUGAGAUCUUGAGAUCGCCCAUCGAAGGCGUUGUACUGUCGCUCAAGAACAUGGACAUCCAGACGGUAGUCAACUUCCCCUUCCCAACACCACCAGACCGCAAGGCACUAGCCAAGGCCGAGAAGCUUCUGACUUACCUUGGUGCCAUCGACGCGCAUGGCAAGAUCACAGAGACUGGAAAAGAGUUGGCUGCAUACCCCUUGUCACCAAGAUUCGCGAGAAUGCUGUUGUUAGGCAGACGCUAUAACCUUUCCGCUCACACAAUUGCUCUUGUGGCUUCGCUUGCUGUUCCCGAGCUCUUCAUUCCUCAGACUCAAUACAACCUCGAGAACGCUCCUGACGAAGAAGAGUCAGAAGACGAGAACGACACAGCCAGAGAACGCUAUGCCAAACGUCAGAUCCGCACAGAAGCAGACAACAUUGCUGCUUCAGCAGCAGAACUCAAGCGAAAGGCAUAUGGAAAAGCCCACGCCACACUUUCACGUUGGGAUGAUCGCAGUGAUGCAUUGAAGCUGUUGACAGCAAUGGCCGCGUACAGUGCUUCUUCAUCUCCUGCAUCCUUCUGUGCCGACUACUUCCUUCGCGAAAAAGCCAUGAAGGAAGCCGCACAACUGAAACAACAAUUGACGGCUAUCGUACGCAGUCACUCUCGCACAGGCACCGAGGACCCAACACUCUCGCAGAAGGCCAUUCCACCACCUACGGACAAGCAACGUGCUAUCCUCAAACAAUUCGUUGCAGCAGGCUUCAUCGACCAAGUUGCCGUACGUGCCGAUAUCAUCGGUGUAGCAACGUCCCGCAACCCCCGCCGUGCAAUCGAAGUGCCCUACCGAACACUCUUCACCUCCAGCAGUGGAGACAUCGUAGGCCAAGACCCCGAAGCUCGCGCCGCAGCGAAGCUCUCUUACGUGCAUCCUUCCUCUGUACUGGCAAGAUUGACUGUCGCCGAGAUGCCUGAUUAUAUCAUUUACUCACAUCUCUCGCGUCAAGCACCCACGCCUCCUUAUGAUACCGUACCUAAGACCAGACUUCACCCUCUGACAACCGUGACGGCAAAACAAUUGGCAAAUCUUGCAGAAGGAACACCGUUAUUGGAAGUCGGCAAACCUGUUGGCAAGAUUGAGCAAUUGCCCAGAGGUGCUGAUGGCAGAGAGAGAAGAGAAGUAUGGGUCGGGCUGAGUUUGAGAGGAGAAAAGGAAGGUACACCUUGGCCUGUAGGCGCAAGAAAGGUCGUGCAAAAACGCAUCGGUGGUGCUUGGGAAAUUGAAAAGGUUGUUGGUUAA